AGGUUGAUGAGAUAAGACCAGUCAAAUAAACACAAAACAUUGCUUGGAUUUUCUUUUUCUUUUUUCAUUAUUUUCAUUUUUGUUUUCCAUAAUUUGUAAUCUCUCUCCUCAUCUUUAUAUAAACCUGGGGGCCUCUUAGUUUGUUUGUCACAGACACACUUUUCUUGACUGCUACUUCUGGGCUGCCUCUCAAAAGCAUCAUAAUCCCACCUCUCCUCUUCCAUCACUUUCUUUAGAACUUGCAAUUUUCAAUUCCAAAGCUUUCUUUCUUUCAGAUGGCAACCUUUUCAUCAAACCAACACUACCCUUCUCAUCUUGACUCUGUUUUCUUGCCAAACACUCCCUUCAAGAAUCUAUCUGGCUUUAUGGAGGAAGCAAACAUUAUUAACAAUACUAACAGUUUUUCCCAAUUUUACCCUCCUCAUCAGCAAGACUUUCCCCAGAUUGAAUCUCCUCCUGAUGUUAGAUUUUACUACGCUGCUACUAGCCUUCUUGAUCAUAACAACAGCUCUAUGGUUGCUCUUAGUGAUAAUGAGCCUUCUGUUACCAAGAAACAGAGCACUGAGUCUUCUACUGUGGUGGAUAAGCUUGAAAGUGGUGAACAAGUUACUCAAAUGGUCACUCCUAUGCCCAAGAAGAGGAAAUAUUCAAAUGGGUCUUCUUGUAACAACUCUUCUCAAUCUAAGGAUGGCAGAGAUGGGAGAAGCAAGAAGCAAAGGAAAUGCAAUAGUAAGAAAGAAGAAGAUAAGAAGCCUAAAGCUGAGAAGAAAGUUACUGAGCAAGAGCCCCCAACAGGCUACAUUCAUGUGAGAGCAAGGAGGGGCCAAGCAACCGAUAGCCACAGCCUCGCAGAAAGGGUAAGAAGAGAGAAAAUCAGUGAAAGGAUGAAGAUAUUACAAAAAAUAGUUCCUGGGUGUGACAAGGUAACUGGAAAGGCCCUCAUGUUGGAUGAAAUUAUUAAUUAUGUUCAGUCCCUACAGAAUCAAGUGGAGUUUCUUUCCUUGAAGCUUGCUUCUGUGAAUCCUUUGUUCUAUGACUUUGGAAUGGAUCUAGAUGCAUUGAUGGUCAGACCAGAGGGAUUGAUGGGUAACUUGGCACCAUCACUGCCACCUAUGCAGCAAUGCACCACCGCCACUGCCACUGCCACUGCCACCGCCACUACCACCCCAAUCACCACCACUACCGCCACCUUUGCUACAGCAAAUAAUUAUCCACUCAUCGAUAGUUCAGCCUUACUUUUACUUCAAGAACAAAGGCCUAAUGACUUCAUUCAGGAUAGCAAUAGUCUACUGUGGGACGUAGAUGAACAAAGACAAAAGUUUCUUAAUCCAUCUGGGUUCACCAACAACUUGUGUUCUUUCCAUUAAAAUAGUACCAUCUCCGCUGCCCUUCAAACAUCCGGUCGAUCAGCAGAGAAAAAUCAGAAAAAGGAAGCUUCUUUGUUAAUUCAAGCAUAAGUUCUGAUGUGGAGAGCUUGUUGAAUUAAGAUUAAGUGGCAUCUAAUCUAAAGAGAGAAGAGGAAAAGAAAUGAAUAAAGGGCAGCGAAAUCAGUGGAUGAAGAUAACAAAGGACAUAUAGAACCGACCGAAUAAGACCAGAUCUUUUUUAUAAGAUCCUUUGUUCUUGUCCAUUUUGACCCCUUGUCCGAACCCAAAUCCAAAGUCUUCCCUUCCAUGCACAAAUAACCAGACUCUGUUUAGUGGUUAAUCCACUGUACGUCUAGCUAGGCUUUAUAUAUAUAUAUAUAUAAAUUUGUAGAGAGAGCAUAGGAAAUAAUUUAUCUAAUUAUUUAAUGAUUAAGUAACCUUUAUUGUGGAAUUGAAUUAUUUCCGUUGUUACAGUUAUUUCCGUUGUUACAGUUAUUUUUACCGUUGCCUUCCCGCCUCUUCUUGCUUGUGUUAGAGAGAGAAUGGAAAAGGAUAUAGGUUGAAUUUUAUUUAUAUAUCUACUGUUAUUACUGUAAUUGACAUGACUGGUUAGGCAAUUGUUUUUUUAUGGUAUUGUUGGUUUA